AUGUCGGGCCGCAAGGUGAUGGUUCAGCCCAUCAACAUUCUCUUUACCUUCCUCCAAAAGCACCAGCGCAUCUCGAUCUGGCUGUACGACAACACCGAGUUCCGCAUUGACGCCUACAUCAUUGGCUUUGACGAGUUUAUGAACGUUGUCCUCGACGAGGCCGAGGAGGUGUACGACUGCUCGGCCAAGCCCGGCAAGGAGGUCAAGCCUCGCAGGUCAUUAGGACGUAUUCUCCUCAAGGGAGACAACAUUACCCUCGUGCAGCCCGUCCAGGCAUGA